CUUAUCUUUCUAGUCUCAUUCUUCUUCGUCUUCCUUCUCCCCCUCCCUUUUCUCUCCUCUUCUUCCUCCUUCUCCUUCACCAUGUCUCAAUCAAUUUCCACCCAGGAUCCUCAUGCCACCACCGCCGCCCAAGUCGCCGGACAGUCCGCCCCCAAUGCCACCCGCGCCACCGAACUCGCCGAUCUUAAAGUAAGCUUGCGCGGUGCUCUGCGUCAGUUCCCUAACUUCCCGCUGCCCGGAAUUCUCUUCGAAGACAUCCUCCCGAUCUUUGCCAACCCCACCACCCACGAGGCUCUCGUGCGCUGCCUCGAGCUCCACGUUCUCGAGAGCACCGGCAACCAGAAGCCCGAUGUCAUCGUUGGCUUGGAAGCCCGUGGCUUCUUGUUCGGCCCCAGCCUGGCUCUGAGAAUGGGCGCUGGCUUCGUCCCCGUCCGCAAGCAGGGCAAGCUUCCCGGUCCCUGCGAGACCCAGGGCUACCAGAAGGAGUACGGCGAGGAUUUCUUCCAGAUGCAGUCUGACGCCAUCAAGCCUGGCCAGAAGGUCGUCGUGGUGGAUGACAUUAUUGCUACCGGUGGUUCGGCAUAUGCCGCUGGAGAACUGAUCAAGAAGAUGGGCGGUGAUCUCAUGGCUUUCGUUUUUAUCCUCGAACUCGAGUUCCUCAAGGGCCGGGAGAAGCUCUCCGCCCCCGUCCACACCCUUCUCACUGGCCAGGAAGAGAAGGCCCUCUGAUUCAAUCCCACCAAAACAGCCAAAUGCAUUAUAUUGCCUCUCUGCUUGAUUCCUUGGACAAAGAUUUGCAUAGUCAGAAAAAAGAGUUCAUUCCGCCGAAAAUGACCCGCCUGGACGGAUUGCGGAGAGGCCGGUAAAGCUGGUAUGAUGCGUGUUUCGUCAUGCAAUCAGUUGAUGGCCGAUAUGGCUUCGCUGCAUCGUCUAUCUCUUGGCCGAAUACCCUUUCCGCGACCGAGGAUCUAAACCACGUCGGAGAGACGUUGAGACCUUAAAAGUUGCUCGCCGUUGGCAAU